AUGGUUAGCAUUUGGUUAGCAUGUACAAAUGUUUGGUAGUGUGCAUUGAGCUCGGUGGAGGAAGUUCAAGCUAGCUUUGUUCAUCACCAUCACGAUUUGAUCACGAUGUUCAAAAAGUUUACUCCUUCCACAGAUAUUGCAGGCCAAACGCCUCCCAAGUCCUCUGUACAACGAUCGAUAAGGGCUGCUGUACUUCAGCAAUGGAAAAUUGGACCAGAGACUCUCGAAGAGAUCUGGCCCAAGAAAGAAACUCUGAUCCAUGUGAAAUGCAGAGAACACAUUUCAAUAUACUCCGUUCAAAGCGUACCCCUCUUUUUCCAGCAUUUUGAUGGGCCUUUCUAUCCUACGCUUCGAUUGCUUCACCAGUAUCCGUCCAUUCUACCUAAAGUCGGCGUUGACAGGGGCGCAAUUCGCUUUCUACUGGCGGGGGCUCCCAUGAUGUGCCCCGGAUUAACCUCAGCUGGAGGAUACCUUCCGCCGCCUGAGGAAGCAUUACCAAAAGGUACAGCUGUUGCUGUGCACGCUGAAGGAAAAGAGCAUGCUGUUGGGAUCGGAAUCACCGAGCUGAGCACGGAAGAUAUGCGGAAGCUGAAUAAAGAUGUCGCUGUCGAGAUUGUCACGCAUCUGGGAGAUGAUUUGUGGGCGUUGCAAACUCUGUAGCAGCUUUCAAAGUUUUGGUGCUACUUUAGGCGUACAGUACUAGAUUGUCAACAAAGAAGGCGGACUCCAUUGUAAACAGAUUGCAAUCUUAUCUAGUGAUAGCGCUCCUGCCAAA